CUCGCCGACAUUCCACGAAGUGAACUCGAGUUGAGGUGUUGUGCAGCGCUACCGAGGCUGUGCAAUAGCAGAUUAUUUAUUUAUUUAUAAUAGGAAUAUUUAAAUUAAAAACUAAUUCACAAUGUGUGACGAAGAAGUUGCUGCGUUGGUCGUAGACAAUGGCUCCGGUAUGUGCAAGGCCGGUUUCGCGGGUGACGACGCGCCCCGCGCCGUGUUCCCAUCGAUCGUGGGCCGCCCGCGCCACCAGGGUGUGAUGGUUGGCAUGGGACAGAAGGACUCGUACGUCGGUGACGAGGCCCAGAGCAAGAGAGGUAUCCUCACCCUGAAAUACCCCAUCGAACACGGAAUCGUCACGAACUGGGAUGACAUGGAGAAGAUCUGGCACCACACCUUCUACAAUGAACUCCGUGUCGCCCCCGAGGAACACCCAGUCCUUCUCACAGAGGCACCCCUCAACCCUAAGGCUAACAGAGAGAAGAUGACACAGAUCAUGUUCGAGACCUUCAACACACCCGCCAUGUACGUGGCCAUCCAGGCUGUGCUGUCCCUGUACGCGUCCGGUCGUACCACCGGUAUCGUGCUGGACUCCGGCGACGGCGUGUCCCACACAGUGCCCAUCUACGAGGGCUACGCCCUGCCCCACGCCAUCCUCCGUCUGGACUUGGCCGGCCGUGACCUCACAGACUACCUGAUGAAGAUCCUCACCGAGCGUGGUUACUCGUUCACCACCACCGCUGAGCGAGAAAUCGUACGUGACAUCAAGGAGAAGCUCUGCUACGUCGCCCUCGACUUCGAACAGGAGAUGGCCACCGCUGCCUCCAGCAGCUCGCUCGAGAAGUCCUACGAACUCCCCGACGGUCAGGUCAUCACCAUCGGCAACGAGCGAUUCCGUUGCCCAGAGGCUCUCUUCCAGCCCUCGUUCCUGGGUAUGGAAGCUUGCGGCAUCCACGAAACGACGUACAACUCCAUCAUGAAGUGCGACGUCGACAUCCGUAAGGACCUGUACGCCAACACAGUACUGUCCGGCGGUACCACCAUGUACCCCGGCAUCGCCGACCGCAUGCAGAAGGAAAUUACUGCAUUAGCGCCAUCCACGAUGAAGAUCAAGAUCAUCGCCCCGCCCGAGAGGAAGUACUCCGUAUGGAUCGGUGGAUCGAUCCUCGCGUCCCUCUCGACCUUCCAACAGAUGUGGAUCUCGAAACAGGAAUACGAUGAGUCCGGCCCGUCUAUCGUGCACAGGAAGUGCUUCUAAGCGCGCUGGCUCACUCCGCAGCUGCGGCCCGGCCGGGCCCGCGGCCGGCUGCACACUCAGGCUUGUAAUCUCAGUUAAUUUAAUUGUACGUAAGAUAUUAUUGUAAUUAAAUCGUAAUAGUGACGGCAGGACGGAGCGCGGCGCCGCGGGCGCGCCUCGACCGCCGGCCUCGGUACUGCACUCGCCAAAGGAUCUUUUUGUAAUCUCAUGAAUGAUGAUUGUAUGUGCUGAAACGGAUAAGACUACUUUCUUACUAGGUCAUUUAUAAAUUAUAAAAAAUAUGAAAAUACAAAAAAAAAAUCCGAAAAAUUAA